AUGGUUGCUCGGAUUUUGCUGCUUCUGGCGAUGGACACGUGUGUGAUGGGGGACAAAGACUUUUCCCAGUGCUACCACACGAUCGGGCAAUUUGUACCGGUGCAGGAUUUCUUGGACGUGCUGCAAGGCAACAAGGAGAGACCGAUAUAUUGUAAGGGGAUGUACAACGCGGAAGAUAAGAGACCAGAAUUCAACAAGUGGUGCUCGAAGUGGGAUGGUUGGUACAUGGGGUUCACCCACUUUGUGCAGUUGCAGCUUGAGCCGAAUGAGGACACGCUUUGGUUUUUGCUGGGGCGUCAAGCUGCAGGUAUUUUCCCCCGUAACCAGUAUGGAGCCGAUUUGUUGAUCCCGAUGUUUAAGAAGAGAUCCAACAGCAGGCCAGUCGGUGGGGAGACAACGAGGGGUGAACAAGAGGAGCAGGAAGUGUUGAUGAUGUUGAUUCAAGUGAAGAAUCGUUCCCCAGUCGAUGGUGGGUUUUCUAGGGCAGCGACGGAGAAACUAUGCCCCUGGUUUGUGUUCGGAAAGAACAGUGAUGGGAACUCGUCAGCGGGGAAAUCUACCGGUGAAAUUGGUGGGGAUCCGAAACCGCUGAGCUCUACGGAUGUCCGUGAUACCAUUCGCAUCUACAUGAAUGUGCGCGGUCGGAAGAGUGACGGCAAGUUCAUCUAUGCCACGACAAUGAAAGACAAUCUUAAGCCCAAGAAGAAAGGCAACGCCUCUGAGGUGAAGGAGGAGAGUCAGACGAUCGGGAGUCAGGCGAAGAAGCGGGCGAAGAUCGAGAGCAAUCCUGGCGUCUCAAGUGUGUCGAGUGUCUCGGAGGAGGAGCCUGUUUUCACGAUCUGCCUCCGUUUACUCAACAGGGUCACCUACCCGUUCCUGAGCGAGGACGUGGCUUCCAUUCUAUCAAACAUGGUGGAGUCUCAGUAUGACCCGCUGGGGCUU